CUCUACAAUGCCGCGCUAUGAUGAUAGAUAUGGGACCAGUACUCGCCUCUAUGUUGGUCACUUGUCCUCACGGACCCGAUCCCGGGAUCUUGAGCAUGUUUUUAGUAGAUAUGGAAGGUUUCCGAGCCUUUGCCUGACCUGGUGGUCAAUGGUGGUAGAAUGGACUAUGCCUGACCUGGUGGUCAAUUCUGAGAGGGUGGACUUGGUGGGAUUACUUGCCGAUUGUUAGAAGCCUUUGGCGAUUUUCUGUGUUGUCUUUGCAUGUUUUUAUGGAAUUUGCCACAAUCAAACUGGUGUUUAGUUCAUCUUGAGGACCAAGUUUCAUGCACUGCGUUCUAAGUAGUUUUGAUGGCCUUACUGUUUCUGGAAACAUUUACGCAGAGUACGUGAUGUGGAUAUGAAGCGUGACUACGCGUUUGUUGAAUUCAGUGAUCCACGGGAUGCUGAUGAUGCUAGAUAUAACUUGGAUGGGCGUGAUGUUGAUGGACGCCGCAUUACUGUGGAAUUUGCCAAGGGUGUACCACGUGGGCCUGGAGGAGUUCGGGAGUAUGAGGGCAGAGGUCCUGCUCCAGGUUCUGGUCGCUGCUUCAAUUGUGGCAUUGAUGGUCACUGGGCUCGUGAUUGUAAAGCUGGAGACUGGAAGAAUAAGUGUUACCGCUGUGGGGAAAGAGGUCACAUUGAGAGGAACUGCCAAAACAGUCCUAAAAAGAAUAGUAGUGGACGUGGUCGAAGUUACUCACGAUCUCCUGUGAGGUCACGUUCCCCUCGCCGUGGUGGCCGCAGUAGGAGUAGAAGCUUCAGCAGAAGCCGCAGUUACAGCCGGUCAAGGUCCCCUGCUGCCAGAAGAGGACGUGAUGCUGAUUAUAAAGAGAGGUCAAGAAGCCCUCGUGAUGAAAGCCCAGAUCUUAAAAGGGUUGCCUCUCCUACUAAAUCAAGGAAGCUCAGUCCAACGCCUGAUAUGGAUGCGCCAAGAGAGCGAAGUGCUUCUCCUAGUAGAGGCAGAGUGGAGAGAGAGCAAGAUGGGUACAAUAGUGAUAGCCCAAAGGAGACUAGCCGUAGCCCUGUGAGUCCUGCUGGUAGGAGGUAUGAUGAGAGUCCUUACGAGGAAAAUGGGCGCAAUCGCAGCCCUAGCCCUGGAGAGGAUAGAAGUCCUGCUGAGGAUGAAGACGCAGUACGCUCUCCCUGAGGAACUAGGGAUUUAUGUAUUGUCUCUGUUCUAAACUUUUGUGUUGUCAUUUGUGAGGUACCAAAACUAGAGUCAGAAGUUUGUCUUUGCAGAAUACUCAAAACUUUUAUGUGAAUUGAUUUAUCGUCAAGCUUUAGAGCAAUUGAUGAAGAAUUGGUGAA